UAAUGAAGCAUACAUUGUAUCUUUAAUGUGGGACGUGGCUUUGUUCUAAUAAGACGAAGGGUGGAGUGCAGCCUUGGAAAGCAGGAGAGCUCAGCCGACGUCUUUAAUCCUCCUGCCCACCCCUUGGAGUCUGUCUCCACUGGGACUCAGGAGGCGAGGAGAGAACAUCUCCCCAAAUGCACUGAAGGGGAACUGGAGGAGGGAGGGAGUGAGGGGUGAUCAUACCAGCGGAGGCACAUUUGCUGAGCUCCCCUGCAGUCUGCUCUUUCCAAAUGGACCCUCUUGGAAGCCUGAUCCCAACCUCCCCUGCACGCAGAUCUGUCACCCCCAUCUCUCAGAUGAAGAAACUGAGCCUCACAGGGGUGGAGUCCCUUGUCCCCACGUCAUAAGGGUAGUCAUAGUAGCAGGAAGAGGAAGCACCUAGGUUUGAGGCCAGGGCUGGCUGCUGUCAGAACCUAGGCCCUCCCCUGCCUUACUCCACAUCUGGUUAGGGGAGAGAGGGGAGGAAAGCCAAGGGAAGGGACCUAACUGAAAACAAACAAGCUGGGAGAAGCAGGAAUCCGCGCUCGGGUUCCGCAGAUGCAGAGGUUGAGGUGGCUGCAGGACUGGAAGUCAUCGGGCAGAGGUCUCACAGCAGCCAAGGAACCUGGGGCCCGCUCCUCCCCCCUCCAGGCCAUGAGGAUUCUGCAGUUAAUCAUGCUUGCUCUGGCGACAGGGCUCGUAGGGGGAGAGACCAGGAUCAUCAAGGGGUCCGAGUGCAAGCCUCAUUCCCAGCCCUGGCAGGCAGCCCUGUUCGAGAAGACGCGGCUGCUCUGUGGGGCAACCCUCAUCUCCCCCAGAUGGCUCCUGACAGCAGCCCACUGCCGCAAGCCCCACUACAUAGUUCACCUGGGGGAACACAACCUCCAGAAGGAGGAGGGCUGUGAGCAGACCCGGACAGCCACUGAGUCCUUCCCCCACCCCGGCUUCAACAACAGCCUCCCCAACAAAGACCACCGCAAUGACAUCAUGCUGGUGAAGAUGGCAUCGCCAGUCUCCAUCACCUGGGCUGUGCAACCCCUCACCCUCUCCUCACACUGUGUCACUUCUGGCACCAGCUGCCUCAUUUCCGGCUGGGGCAGCACAUCCAGCCCCCAGUUACGCCUGCCUCACACCUUGCGAUGCGCCAACAUCACCAUCAUUGAGCACCAGAAGUGUGAGAACGCCUACCCCGGCAACAUCACAGACACCAUGGUGUGCGCCAGCGUUCAGGAAGGGGGCAAGGACUCCUGCCAGGGUGACUCCGGGGGCCCUCUGGUCUGUAACGAUUCUCUUCAAGGCAUUAUCUCCUGGGGCCAGGAUCCGUGUGCGAUCACCCGAAAGCCUGGUGUCUACACGAAAGUCUGCAAAUAUGUGGACUGGAUCCAGGAGACGAUGAAGAACAAUUAGACUGGACCCACCCACCACAGCCCAACACCCUCCAUUUCCACUUGGUGUUUUGUUCCUGUUCACUCUGUUAAUAAGAAACCCUAAGCCAAGACCCUCUAUGAACAUUCUUUGGACCUCCUGGACUACAGGAGAUGCUGUCACUUAAUCAACCUGGGGUUCGAAAUCAGUGAGACCUGGAUUCAAAUUCUGCCUUGAACUAUUGUGACUCUAGGAAUGAUAACACCUGGUUUGUUCUCUGUUGUAUCCCCAGCCCCAAAGACAGCUCCUGGCCAUAUAUCAAGGUUUCAAUAAACAUUUGCUAAAUGA